CCCCUCCCUUUCCCGGCCCCGGCCCCGGCCCAUUCGCUGCGCGCUCUCCGGCUAGGGAGGAUGUUGGGCUCUUCGCUCCCCAGCGCCCUGGCCCUCUCGCUCUUGCUGGUCUCUGGCUCGCUCCUCCCAGGGCCAGGCGCUGCUCAGAACGAGCCAAGAAUUGUCACCAGUGAAGAGGUCAUUAUUCGAGAACCCCUCCUUCCUGUUACCCUGCAGUGUAACCUCACCUCCAGCUCUCACACCCUUAUGCACAGCUACUGGACAAAGAAUGGAGUAGAACUCACUGCCACACGUAAGAAUGUCAGCAACAUGGAAUACAGGAUCAAUAAGCCAAGAGCUGAGGAUUCAGGCGAAUACCACUGUGUGUAUCACUUUGUCAGCGCUCCUAAAGCCAAUGCCACCAUUGAAGUGAAAGCUGCUCCUGACAUCACUGGCCAUAAACGGAGUGAAAAUAAAAAUGAAGGGCAGGAUGCCAUGAUGUACUGCAAGUCAGUUGGCUACCCCCACCCAGAAUGGAUAUGGCGCAAGAAGGAGAAUGGUGUGUUCAUGGACAUUUCCAAUAGCUCUGGUCGCUUCUUCAUCAUCAACAAGGAGAAUUACACUGAAUUGAAUAUUAUGAAUCUCCAGAUCACAGAAGAUCCCGGCGAGUAUGAAUGUAAUGCCACCAACUCCAUUGGCUCUGCCUCCGUUUUCACCGUCCUCAGGGUACGGAGCCACCUUGCCCCACUUUGGCCUUUCUUGGGAAUUCUGGCUGAAAUCAUCAUCCUUGUGGUGAUCAUUGUUGUGUAUGAGAAGAGGAAGAGGCCAGAUGAGGUUCCUGAUGAUGAUGAACCAGCCGGGCCAAUGAAAACCAACUCUACCAACAAUCACAAAGAUAAAAACUUGCGCCAGAGAAACACAAAUUAAGUACUACUUAUAAUCUCUUUAGGUUUCUGAAAACGGUGGCAACAUGACCUGCUAAAUUUUCUGCUUGGACCUCUUUGGUCUCUCCCUUUCAAGUGAGCAACACCACAAUGACCGUCUAAAGCAUGCCUUAUUUAGCCUCUCCUAUAAGGGUGACCUAGCCAGGUACAUUUUAAACAAUGCUUCAGUGUAGAAGGUGUAAACUAUUUUGGGCUUGAUGUGCUGUGAAUGUUGCUUUUCCUCCCUUUGUUAAAAUAUUUAAAUAGAAGUGGAAAGGUCCUCUGAGGAUCAUGCAUGCGCCAUUUUUUACUUAUGCAGCUGUUAAAUUGGCAAAGCUCUUAAAUGCACUGCUGCCAUCUAGUGAUCAUUUUGUAAAGUACAGCAAAACCUACAGAUAUAUACAGUAUAUAAAUAUAUAUAUAUUUAUAUUUUUGGGGUGGGAAAAAUCCAAAAUAAAGUAAACGCUUGUUUCAUUUUUAAGCUGCUGAUACUCAUUCCUUAUUGUCUGUUGUCAGAUGAGGAAGCUGCAGUUCUGAUAAUAAAGAUGAGGGUGUAAACUUAAGUCUGUCACUCUAAGGGCUUACCCUAUAACUUUUAAGAACCUGGAACAGUCCACUGAACGGCUAUAAUGAACUGUAGUAUAUAUGUAUGAUUGCUUUCUAAGUGACUAUUUUUCUUUUGUCAAAUCAUGUAAAUUCUGAAAUCUUUUUGCACUGAUGUGUUGAACCUUAUUCUUGUACAUUCGAUCAAGGAAACUUUUAUAAUUUCCCUUUUGUUUUCAAUGACCCUGAAAUGUUAAUAGCAUGGUGAUAUUAUUCUAUGCAACUCUAGUUAUACUUUUUGGUUUGACACUAUUUUUCACAUUGAUUUAAUGAUUGAUGAUAGAUUUUAUAACCUGACUGGGUUCUCAUGCGGUACUAACUGUAGAUGCAUGUACUUGUGUUCUGUAUAAUUAUUGAAGUGCAAUGGUGUACAAAAAAAGUGGAUUCACCUGUUUUUAACAAUAAAACAUUGAUAAAAGGUG